AUGUCGGGCGCUCCUCCUGUUGGUCAGGAGAACAUCAACACUGAUAUUGUGACUCUCACUCGAUUCUUCACCGAAGAGCAGGCCAAAUAUCCUGAUGCCUCGGGUGACUUUACUCUGCUGUGCCACGCUCUCCAAUUCUCCUUCAAGUCUAUCGCCUACUACAUCCGUCGCGCCUCCCUCAUUAACUUGACCGGUCUCGCCGGUUCCUCCAACACCACCGGUGACGAUCAGAAGAAGCUUGACGUCAUUGGCAAUGACAUCUUCAUCUCUGCCAUGCGCGCCUCGGGCAAGUGCCGCAUCGUCGUCUCAGAAGAGGAAGAGAAUGUGAUCAAGUUCGACGAGCACCCCAACGCCCGCUACGCCGUCGUCUGCGACCCCAUUGAUGGCUCCUCCAACCUGGAUGCCGGUGUCUCGGUCGGUACCAUCUUCGGUAUCUUCCAGCUGCCCGACGACGCGCUCGGCCCCAACAAGGAAGUUGGCCCCGAGCACCUUCUCCACCCCGGAACCAGCCUCGUCGCCUCCGGCUUCACUAUGUACGGUGCGUCUGCGCAGCUGGUCAUCACCAUGCGUGGCGGUGGUGUCAACGGUUUCACCCUCGAGAACUCGCUGGGCGAGUUCAUCCUCACUCACCCCAACAUGGUCAUGCCCGCCAAGCGCUCCAUCUACUCUGUCAACGAAGGUAACAGCUCCCUCUGGGAAGACUGGACCAACGAGUACUUCCACAGCCUCAAAUACCCGGCUGAAGGCGAGAAGCCCUACAGCGCUCGUUACAUCGGUUCCAUGGUCGCAGACGCCUACCGAACCCUGCUCUACGGUGGUAUCUUCGCCUACCCGGCCGACAAGAAGAACCCCAAGGGUAAGCUUCGUAUCUUGUACGAGUGCGCGCCCAUGGCGAUGCUGUUCGAGAAUGCCGGUGGUCUGGCUGUCAACUCCCGCAUGGAACGCUUGAUGGAGGUUGUCCCCGAGCACAUUCACGAUAAAAGUGGUGUCUUCCUCGGCUCUCGUGAUGAGGUUCAAAAGGUUAUCGAUCUGUACAACAAGUACCAGAAGAAAUAA